UCUUCAUCGCAUUUAAUUGUUAUUUUACGAACACAGACAAAUUAUUGUUUGUUUGUUUUUGAGCUAAGCUCAAAGUAAAGUUAUUAGAAAACACGUAGUAGUGAAAAUUUUGUAAAAUUAUUGAUAUUAGUAUAUAUAUCUGGAUAGCAAGUAAUAAAUUUAAUAUUUCUCCUAUUGUGAUCUCGGUAUUAUUUGUAACUUGGUUUUUAUGGCAACUAAUUUUUAAAGUUAAAUUGCAGUAAAGUUUUUAAGUGAAAAAAAAAAUGGAAGAUGAAACAUAUAAAAAAACAAAAGAACAAGAGGAAAUUGUAAAUUUAUUAAUAAGUAUUAAUCUAGACAGUGUAAAUGAGGUAUUCAAUAAAAUUGCUAUUGAAUCGUUAGCUACAACAGUGCCGCACGUAAGUCUUUUAAAAGAUUUGUUAAGUAGCAUUAAAACUAAAGGAAAAAUUCGAAACCAUUGUGUAAGAGUAAGAAAAAACUUUAUUAACUCUGAAUUAAUUGACGAAUUUAAAUAUAAACCUCAUUAUCUUUUUGCACGUAUUUGGCGAUGGCCUAACUUGGAAAAGUUUGAAUUGGAAGCCAUUUCGACCUGUAAAUUUCAAAUAACUACACACAGUAAACAAGUAUUUUGUAUUAAUCCUUAUCAUUAUAAACGUCAUGUGCUAUCUAGCAGCGAAGAUGAUGAAAUACUAGAUGAUGUAAUAGAAGAUAGGAAACUAGAAAAAGAACCACAAGGAGAAAUAGUACAGAAACGAGAAAAAGACUCACAACAAGAAAAAGAUCUACGACAAAAACUAAUACUGAAACGAGCAAAAGACCCACGACGAAAAAUAGUACCACAAGAAAAAGACUCACAACCAGAAAAAGAUCUACGAGAAGAACUAAUACUGAAACGAGCAAAAGAUCCACGACGAGAAAUAGUACCACAAGAAAAAGACUCACAACAAGAAAAAGAUCUACGAGAAGAACUAAUACUGAAACGAGCAAAAGAUCCACGACGAGAAAUAGUACCACAAGAAAAAGACUCACAACAAGAAAAAGAUCUACGAGAAGAACUAAUACUGAAACGAGCAAAAGAUCCACGACGAGAAAUAGUACCACAAGAAAAAGACUCACAACAAGAAAAAGAUCUACGAGAAGAACUAAUACUGAAACGAGCAAAAGACCCACGACGAGAAAUAGUACCGAAAGAAGAACGACGAGAAAAAGUACCAGGACGAGAAAUAGAAUCACAACGAGAAAAAGAACCACGAAAAGAAAAUGACCCACGAAAAAAAAAAGAUCCACGACGAGAAAAAAAUCCACGACGAGAAAAAGACUCACCACAAGAGUUAGUACUGAAACUCGAAAAAGACUCACAACCAGAAAUAGUAACACAACAAGAAAAAAAAACACGGCAAGAAAAAAAAAUACGGUGGGAAAAUGACACACGACGAGAGUCAGUACUAGAAAUAGAAAAAGAUUCACAACGAGAAAAAAUACCACAUAGAGAAAAAGACUCACGACAAGAAAAACUACUAGAACUAAAAAAAGAUCCAAGACGAGAAAAUGACCCACGAAAAGAAAAGGUACUCCCACAAGAAAAACUACUAGAACUAAAAAAAGACCCAAGACGAGAAAAUGACCCACGAAAAGAAAAGGUACUCCCACAAGAAAAACUACUAGAACUAAAAAAAGACCCAAGACGAGAAAAUGACCCACGAAAAGAAAAGGUACUCCCACAAGAAAAACUACUAGAACUAAAAAAAGACCCAAGACGAGAAAAUGACCCACGAAAAGAAAAGGUACCACAUAGAGGAAAAGAUCCAUAUAGAGAAAAUGACCCACAGAAAGAAAAGGUACCACCACAAGAAAAACUACUAGAACUAGAAAAAGACCCACGACGAGAAAAUGACCCACGAAAAGAAAAGGUACUCCCACAAGAAAAACUACUAGAACUAAAAAAAGACCCAAGACGAGAAAAUGACCCACGAAAAGAAAAGGUACCACAUAGAGGAAAAGAUCCAUAUAGAGAAAAUGACCCACAAAAAGAAAAGGUACCACCACAAGAAAAACUACUAGAACUAGAAAAAGAUCCACGACGAGAAAAUGAUCUACGAAAAGAAAAUGUACCACAUAGAGGAAAAGACCCACAAGAAAACGUACCACGUGGAAAAAAAGACCCACGCCGAGAAAACGUGACACAACACAAAAAAAGCCCACGACAAAAAAUGGAGACGGAAAUAGAGUUACAUGAGCUGAAAGAUAAUUUGGAAGAAAAAAGGCAGCGAUUAAAACAAACACCGUCACAAUCACAAUCUACAGAUAUCUAUAAUUCCAACGGGUGUUUAUCGAAAAAUUCAAACCUAGGAAAAUCAUUGCGCCAAUUUCGCUCCAUUGAUACAUCAACGUUUGUAUUCAAUCCACUAAAUGCAGAGGUCAGAUCUUCAAUAGGAGUAAAAAGUGGUACUAAUCAAGUUGAAGAUCAUGUAACUCGAUUGUUGGGCAUGCGUGAAGCAUUUGAGGAUUGGUGCUCUAUUACUUAUUAUGAAUUCGAUACUCAAGUAGGUGAAGUAUUUGAAUUAAGAACUUUCUCUUACAUAGUUAAUGUUAAUGGCUGCAAAGAUUUAAAAGAUGGUCAUAAGUUUAGCUUGGGUGAUUUAAUUAAUAAUCCACAUCCUGCUCAAAUACGAAAGAAAAUAGGUUCUGGUAUCGUUCUGAAUUUGGAAACUAAUGGUGAUGUUUGGUUGAGACGAGCCUGUGAUACUGAUAUUUUUGUACAAUCAAAAUAUCUUGACAGCCAAGAACUACAAAAAAAUGUUAAGUUUGUUCACCGAAUUGAUUUAUGGAAUUAUAUUCACGUGUUCCGUUUGAGACCAUAUUAUGAAGAAAUAAAGCGACGAAUCGCUGCUAAAAUUAGAAAAGGAAAAACGAUUAAUAGUAGUGAUUUUAAAGAAUUUUAUAGUCUACGCAUGAGUUUUGCUGAUGAAUGGGGACCAAGCAGUACACGAAAAAAUAUUGAAGAAACGCCUUGCUGGAUAAAUAUAAUGAUACGCCCAGCAUUGAUACUACUCAAUAUGGUACUUGACGAAUUACCCUACUCUCUAUACUAAAUCUGAAGCAGUGAAUAAUCACUGUUUCAAAUUUAGAGAGUAAUUAGUUAAAAGAAAAUGGUUGCUUACAAAAAAACAAAAAUUUAUUCUCAAAAUAUUCACUGGAGAAGAAAUUUUUUACAAACGAGAUCAACGAGACGACAGGGUCUAAGUAACUAAAAGUGAUUGAGUUAAAAGAAGAAUUCAAUCAUCGAGAAGAGACUGAUAAGAUAUAAACAAAAAUUAUGUUAACUCAUUUACCAG